AUGUCUGGCAACAAAGGCUCAACACCAAGCCAAGGAGCGACUGGACGCUAUAGGAGAAAUGAAGAUACACUAGGCUCAGGGUACAGAAACUUCUCUUCGGAGUCAAAGGUGUCAAGGAUCAACCCGAAGGACGAGGAGGAUAAUUUGUUCGAUAAUAACAUCGCUCAGCAUUCGAGACUUGCUCAGCGCUACGUUACCCGCAAGCAGAGUCCGGCUCAAACCAAGGUUAUGACACCUGCCGAGUUUGAGAGAUAUCGAAGAGAUAAGGAGCGGCAGGAUGCCAGCUCAGAUACCAACAAGUCAGAGAAGGAUGAGGAUGAAGACGAUGAUGAAGAUCAUUACGAGGAUGACGAGGAUGAGAUUGAGAAGUCGAAGCAGCUUGCAAAACAAAGGAGAAAGCAGGAAGCACACAUGACAGUAUACCGACAACAGAUGAUGAAGGUGACUGGCGAAUCUUCCAGUGGCAUCGGAAUGUCUCGGCCGGGCAUCCAAAUGUCAUUCAGCACACCGAACCUAUCGAACCUCACUGUCCCAGGUCCUUCCAAGAAUCCUUCGUCUGAGAAUUCCGACGAAGACGAGGAGGUUCCCCUUGCGAUUCUGGCAGCGCACGGAUUCCCUAAUAAGAACCGACCGCCAACUCGCCUAAGCAACAUGGGUUCGAACCCUAAUCUUCGCGAGGCUACACAGCCUAGCUACCAACGUCCAGGGUCUGCUGCAGGUGACGCUCCGGCGGCCAGCGGCGGCCGGCUCCCUCCCUUUGCACGCAGGCUGCCUCAAGACCCGUAUGGUCUCGUCAAUCCAUCCGUGCGUGAGAGUUUCGCCCUUGGAGGCGGUGCCCCAGCUCCAGGGCAACAGGCUCCGCUGCCUCCUGGUGGUCUUGUUGGUGUCAUUGCUAGUGAGGAACGAUCGCGGGCAUUGCGCCGAGGCAGUCCUCAGAUUGAUGGUGGUCGGGGAGUACCUCCCUCAGGACCUGGCGGUUUUGAUCCCAUGGCAGGAAUUCCUCCCCAGAUGAUGUACCCACAGAUGCCCCAAAUGCCCAUGCUUUCUCCUGGCGACCAUGCACAAAUCCAAAUGACGCAGCAAAUGCAGCAGUUCAUGCAGAUGCAGAUGCAGUUUAUGCAAAUGAUGGCAGGUAACCAAGGUGGCAACGGUCCCCCGCGCUCUGCCGGCCAUAUGAGCCAGCAGUCCAUGGGCGCGGUAAAUGGAAUGCCCAUGUCUAUGACAGGUAUGGAUAUGCUGGGACAGCGCGGCUCAUUCCUUGACAAUGGAUCAAUGCUGGAUCUCCCACGACCAGACAUGCAUGGACGGACGAUGAGCAUGGUGCAGCCAAGCUCGGCCUCGUGGAUCCAACCGCCGAACCCUGGGUACGCGCCAUCCAUUCGCAUCCAGGGCGAUGGUUAUGCGCCUUCAAUUGCUCCAUCUGAGCGCAGCAAUGUUGGACUCCCUGGUCGAUAUCGUCCAGUUUCACAAAUGCCACCCCCUCCUGGUGCUGAGCACCUGAGGAAGUCAUCGACAAUGUCGGGAGCGCUCAGUGGUUGGGACGAGGCGCAAAACCGUAAACUAGCGAACAAGACACCUCCCAAAAAGUCGGGCAAUGUGUCGGAUGAGGAUGAUGAGGAAGGCUGGGAGGCCAUGAAGGCGAAGCGCGACAAGAAGAAGUCACUUUGGAAAACUAAGAAGACCCUACCGACUGACCUUGGCGCCCUAAUUAGCUGA